AUGGCGGCAACUGCGAAGGACCAGCUUGUGCGAAUUCUUAUCGCGGCCGGGAAAGCAGCCCCUACGCCGCCAGUUGGUCCAGCGCUUGGUGCCCGUGGCGUCAAAUCCAUGGACUUUUGUAAGGAGUUCAACGCAAAAACAGCCCACAUUGCACCGGGGACGCCAACUCCAACGAUUAUACGCGUCCGACCUGAUCGAACCUUUUCAUUCAUCACAAAAACGCCCCCAACGACCUACCUUCUCAAACAGGCCGCCGGAAUUGAGCAGGGCACUGGGAAACCUGGCCACGAAUUCAAUGGGACUGUCAGUCUGAAGCAUAUCUACGAGAUUGCCAGGAUAAAGUCUACCGAUGAACAUAUGAAACAUCUGCCUCUAGAGUCCAUCGCCAGGAUGGUCGUCGGCAGCGCCAAAUCGCUGGGCGUUCGGGUUGUUCCUUGA